GAAGCUACAGAAAGCUUCCUCUCUGGUUGGAGAGCUGCUUCCUGUACCGGAUUUUUUUUUACCCCUGGAAAAUUUUUACAUUUUCUCAAGAUUGUUCACUGGAAAUCUGCCGACGGUCACGCAUCGAGAGGGAGCCGUUUUAUGCUGUAUAUUCCGCCGUCUGAAGGAGAGGACAGAGGCCUGAGCUACCGCUGGUUCUGCUGUAUGUGUGCACAGGCUGCGGCUCUCUGAAUGCUAAAGCUAAACAUUUACAUUAACGUUUACAGCGAUGUGCUCUUCAGCAAAAACGUCGCAGUAUUCCCCAAACUAAAGCGCUUUUGAGAGGCUUCAGACCGCCAAAUGCCCACUUGUGUACGUGGGCAAGAGCUUCUCUCGUCUUCUUGUCGUUAACGUUAACGUUACUUACUCGGCAGACUGUGUGACAUUUUAACGGUCCAAGACAGACAAGCCAUGACAGGCUCUUCAGACUAAAGCCUGUGGACAUUUCCUAACCUUUAAUGACGCUUGACUAGACAGCAGAUAGUUUUAGUCCUUUUUAGGUCGAGUUCACCUUUAGCAGUUGUUGAAUUUCUGUUUAAAAGCCCGCUGUCUGUCGCAUGUACUAACGUUAUUCAGUUAUGGCACCGAAGAGAAGACCCCUCCCACUGAACAUAACUCCUACCGGAGAGGGACAGCCGACCACCAACAUUGAUGCUGCUUCAGAAGCCAACCUGGAGGCCUUGCAGAAGAAGCUGGGGGAGUUGGACCUGGACGAGCAGCAGAGGAAGCGUCUUGAAGCUUUCCUCACCCAGAAGGCGCAGGUGGGUGAGCUCAAAGAUGACGACUUUGACCCCAUCUGCGAACUGGGCGCAGGCAACGGAGGAGUGGUCCACAAAGUCCGCCACAAACCCUCAAGACUGGUCAUGGCCAGAAAGCUCAUACAUUUGGAAAUUAAACCAGCCAUCAGAAACCAGAUUAUACGGGAGCUACAGGUUCUGCACGAGUGCAACUCACCCUACAUUGUGGGCUUCUAUGGGGCUUUCUACAGUGACGGAGAGAUCAGUAUCUGCAUGGAGCACAUGGAUGGAGGCUCAUUGGAUCAGGUGCUAAAAGAAGCUAGAAGAAUACCAGAGGAAAUCCUGGGAAAAGUUAGUAUUGCGGUACUUCGAGGUCUUGCCUAUCUACGGGAGAAGCACCAAAUCAUGCACAGAGACGUCAAGCCCUCCAACAUCCUGGUGAACUCGCGUGGUGAGAUCAAGCUGUGCGACUUUGGCGUGAGCGGCCAACUCAUCGACUCCAUGGCCAACUCCUUUGUGGGAACACGCUCGUACAUGUCGCCGGAGAGACUCCAGGGCACUCACUAUUCGGUGCAGUCGGACGUAUGGAGCAUGGGCCUGUCGCUGGUAGAACUGGCCAUUGGCCGCUACCCCAUCCCUCCACCUGACGCCAAAGAGUUGGAGGCCGUAUUCGGCCGACCCAUGCUGGAUGGAGCCGGGACAGAGGGCCACAGCACGUCCCCGAGGCCAAGACCCCCAGGAAGACCCAUCAGCGGACAUGGAAUGGACAGCAGGCCGGCCAUGGCUAUAUUUGAGCUACUGGACUACAUUGUCAAUGAGCCCCCACCUAAGCUGCCACAUGGUGUAUUCACCUCAGAUUUCCAGGACUUUGUGACAAAAUGCCUCAUCAAGAACCCUGCUGACAGAGCUGACCUGAAGAUGUUGAUGGGCCACACAUUUAUCAAGCGUGCGGAGGUGGAGGAGGUGGACUUUGCCGGCUGGUUGUGCAGAACCAUGGGCCUGAACCAGCCCAGCACUCCCACUCGCAGCUCCGAGUGAAUGCAGCCCUGCAGUCCGGCCGCUCACACCAUAAACCUCUCCUCUCCUCUCUUCUCCUCUCCUCUCCUUUCUUCUCCUUCGUUCUUUUCUCCUCUCCCAUGCUUGUUAAGCCCAGUUCAGACCACCGCAGGCCACUCCCUGCUCUUCUGCUUACUCUCUCUUGUUGCUGCCGUGCUUUUCCGCAGGUACUGGCUUAUGAGAGGUAGUCUUCGUUGUUUGCACACUUGUCCAUUUGAAGGACUUUAGGUUCAGACACUUUUCUUCUUCGCUUCAACAAGACGUCUCAGUUUUCAAAGCAGUUAUUCAGGAACGUUUCAGGUAUGACAGAGCACCCGGAAUUAUAAUAUAUAAUGCAUAUUUUAAGUUCUUUUAUUCAUGACAUCAUAUCAUCGUGUACCGUUGUUUAAGCGCUAUGCAGUGACAAUGUCAUCCUGGCACUGCAUCAAAAAAAACAACAGUCUGGUCAAAUAGGGACUAUUCAGCCUCAGAAGAUAAAUGCCUGUUCUGCUUAGGUUAUGUCCAAAUGUUGGGAACCAAAGAGGGCUACAGUGGAUCGCACUAAUUUUCUGCUUAUGGAUAGUAUAAGAACCGUCCAUAAAUAUAAAUGAGUGAGCUCAAAAGGCCAUGAGGACAGAUCUUCAGCUAAUGCAAAAUCAGAGACAUCGCAAAGCCAACGUAUUAAGUAACAUGAUCAUUGGUUAUGUUGUAAGUUUUCCCAUCUUGGCAAUUUUCAUUGCUUUUUGGCCCCCUUUGCAUAAAGCAGUUUUUUUCAAAAUAGUUCAAAUCAAGUGUUAAUGCACCUUUCCUCAGAAAAAAAAUUGAUUUCAUUUAAAUCACAAAGUCAUGAACUAUGUCAUUUGGAUGAACUGAUGAAAUGCCCACUCAAAUUACCCUUUCCCUCGUAAACAGAACAUUUGCUCCUCUUAAGAAAUGAACUGGUUUUUCAGUCUGCAGUGGGGACUGUAGCAUAUUUUUCUCAGAAGCUAUUUGGGCAUGAUAAUGUGCAGCCAUUAAUGUUUCUUUUUAUUUUAUUCUCAAAACCAUGUUUUUAUUCAUGGCUGUAUCUGAUGCUUGAGUUGUUUGUCAUCUUAAAGUUCUUGGUUUUUGUCGACACUGGAACGGUUUUCACCUCAGUAUAUUUUGGGUAACUUUUUAAAUAAUGCUUCGAUGUUACAUUUUAUCUACGCAAAAGACUGAUAUUUGCGCCUAAAACCAGGAUUGCACUCUACGUUACACCUGAUGUUUCCCAGACCUUUGCAUUGGAAUGCAUACAAACCGUACAUGCUAAGCUAGCUCUGUUUAAUAUAAAUUAAUAAAGAACUUGCAUGGUACAUAACUUAUCAAGUUCUUUUAAAAGUGACAUGUACUAUGCAAGAAAAUGUUCUUAUACAGAAACACGGCUACAGGUAUGGUUAUAAACGCAUAGUUAGUGGAUGGCAGCUGUGCUGUAGGAGUGCAGUAGCCUACUGAUUGGCUCUGGGUUGCUGGGUGGUGAUGGCGCUUGGCUGCCUGUCUUUCUUUCUCCUUCAAUAUUCAUGGGUUGAGUUUCUCUAAAAACAAAAGUUCAAGAUCAUUCUAAGAUGGCAGAGCAAGUAUCACUUCGUUUAAAACUGUCUUUGAUGAUCUUAAGACUGUGAUGUUUUUGAGACACUGAAUUCCCACAGGAAUGUUGGAUCUGUAUUGCUACCACACACUGGCAUUCAUCUCCGACCAAAUGAAUGCAUUGCCACACGUAUGUGUAUAAAACUAUAUGUACAGUACUGGUGGUACUGUUUUGCAGUCUUAAAGAAAUAGCCUUCUGUUUUUGUUUUGUUUUCUGUUUCUUUUUUUCUUUUUUUUUGGUGUAGAGAAAAUGGGAAGAGUCAUUUUAUUAUCAUAUGAAAUGUGUUGAAUACGGUUCUAAUACAAGAAUAAAACUUAUUUGUGAAUGAAUGUUUAUA